UGUUUUAAAUCAUAAAUAAUAAAUAAAAAACAUAAGAACAGGACAUAUUUAUCAAGAAUUUCUGUUGUAAAAAAUUUAAACCUCUAACGUUUCAAUCGUCUUCAUGUAAUGGCGGUCGGAGGCGUGACCAAUGAAAACGCUUCGUGUAGUAAUGUGUUUAGGUUACACUCUACCAAUUCAAGUCCUUAUUUAUUUCAUAUUAAUAACAAAACAUUCAGACCUCAUUUUCAGCACUUUAGAGCAUUUCAAUAAUAUGAAAACCAUAUAUGGUCAUUUAGUAUAACAUGUCUUCUUAUCAAAAAUAGAAAAAUAUUGACAUGUUAUGUUGAAUAUAAGAAAAAUAAUCUGUUCUGAGAAACAUCACCCUCUAAAAAUGCCCCCAUGAAAACAGCCGUUUAGCAGUUACGCGUAGGUAGACAUUUUUCGCAAAGAAUAAAACUUAUUCCAAGAAAUUUACAAUGAAAAUGGUCUAGAUCUAUUCUCAGUACUAUAAGCAAUAAACAUAAGCCAAAAAUUUAACUGUCACCUCCUCAUGUCACUCAUUAUACCAGAUUUCAUCCAUAGCAUGGAACUACAUUUUGGACUACUUCACAUGUAACACUGAGUAGUCAUUUCCGGUUUGGUGUAAUCCGUCCUUUACCGGUGAUCGGCCAUUUUCCAAUAUGUAGUACACUCGUGUUAAACCUUGGCAAUUUUUUAACUGCCAUAGUUUGAAUUUUUCUCAAGAAAUCUCGGUAAUAUAUACAUCAUUGAAAAGGAAAAAUUACAGGCUUUCUAUUACACCGGGCGGGGACCGAUGGAUUCCUGCACUGAAAGAGGUACUGGAGACGUGGAAGUGAAGGACUGUUCUAUCAGAGUGCAAAGACGGUAGAAACAACAGACAUGUCUGAUCUUGAGGACCCUCUCUACAAGAACUGGGUGAGGUCGGCACUCAGUUUGAAGUACCUAAAACAUGGCAUCCAUAGUUUUGUUGACCGAAUAGCAAAACAACACCACACAGAUCUUCUCUACAGUUACAUAAAAGGCACAGGAUGUGUUGCCAAAAGUUGCAGCGAAUGCACUUUGGAAAAUCUACUACCAGACCAUCCAAGAAGCCGAUGUAUACAAAAAUUCGGGUCUAAAUGUUUUUGCAACAAUCCAAGUGGUCGAAGAAAAUGUCCUAACAACUUCUGCAGCAGGUUCUAUGAUCUUAUUGGUCUUGCUCACGACGAAAGAAACCCCAUCUGGGCCAACACAGAUCCAGCAAGAUGGUUCGGGGAUCAUUGGGCAAUGGCUAAAUGUUUUCUUGGUACUACCGGCUAUUCCGAUAAACAUACAGCUGUUGAAACGGACGCCUCGGGACUUCUUUCCAUUAUGCUGAAUAACAUUGAGAUCCGAAACCAUCUUGAUUGUCCGGAUAAUAUGUCAAAGGCACGAGGUAUUCGUAAUGAUAUCAUGCACUCUACGUCCUUUGAAGUUGACGAUGAAAAGUUAUGUUGGUAUGUAGAUCAGAUGAUACUUGUUCUUCAAGAUAAAAAAGAACUGAUAAAUGAAGAAGCUGCCAAAAAUGCCGUUGUUAAUCUGACAAAGCUUAAAAGAAACCAGAUAUAUAUCAGCGAAGAAGAUGUAUCCGAAAUGCGGAGAGAGGCAUUGAGUGCUGCCCAGGAUGGAAUAAAACAUAUUGAGAAAAAAACAGAUGAAGUUAUUCACAUCAUUGAAGUGAAAGAGAAACAGGUUCAUGAAGACAUUGAUGCACACUUUGACAAAAAACUGCGUGAACAAGAUAAACGAAUGGAUGACAAGAAUAUACAAACAGUAGAUGAAAGUGAUGUGGAUAAAGAAGCUGUUGAACUGACUGCAGAAGAAAAAGAUCUACAGAACUAUUUAGUUGACCUAUAUCGACGAGAUUAUGUAAAGGUAGACAUCUCACCACUUUCAUCAGAAUAUGAAGAAGACGUUGAGGAAGUGUAUGUUCCACUAAAAGCAGAAAGAAUUCGACCGGGACCGAAUCAAUCAAUCGACCAACUUAAAGAUUUAUUCGAAAGCGGCAAGAAUAAAUUCAACAACAUUUUCAUAACCGGAGAUGCAGGAAUAGGAAAAACGACGUUUUGCAAAAAAUUGAUAUCUGCAUGGUGCAGGUCUAAAUCCAAAUGUAAGUAUGUGACCUGCAAAACUUCAGCAGUGUUUGAUGACGAAAGAUAUUCCCAUGAAGAAAACGAAGACAAGGAUGAUGACGAAUAUGAAAUGCUACAGGAUCUAAGCUAUUAUGAUAUCUAUGGUGAAAGUAGUGGAAGUGGUGAAAGCGAAAACGAAGAAAUGGAUGAAGAAGAUAAAAGACAAAACGACACAGAAACAAUGUCUAAAACUGAACAGCAACGCACUGGUGCCGUUUCUUGUGAGAAUGACGGUAGUGACACUUAUACCGAUGACCAAAUUGAAAUCGAGAAAUUUGAUUUUCUAUUUUUUGUAUCCCUACGGGAUACGUACCAAGAACGUUCCAUUGAAGAAAUAAUAAAAUGUCAGUUGUUUAGAGAGAAAUGUCACAGCAUUUGUUUUAGUAAUAUAAUAGAAACUAAACCAGGAAACUGUCUAGUUAUUUUAGAUGGAUUAGAUGAAUGGCAGCCCCCGUCUCCACUUCCAACACAUCCUGCUGUGUCAAAAGGUUUACCUCUGAGUUCGACAACAGGCCAAUACGCCAAGAUAACAACAAGUCGUCCUUGGAAAACGGAAAUUCUCAGACCAAAAUAUAGGGAAAGGGAUUCCGAGGUAAAAUUGAUUGGUAUAGGAGAAAAAGGAUCACAGGUUUUAAUUGAAAGUAUAAUGAUGAAGUUGUCCAAAGGUAACAUAAAUGACCGAAUAUCGUUGUUCCUACAUGAGCUGAAGGAAAAGAAUAUUGAAUAUUUGAAGUUUAUUCCGCUACUGGUUAAGCUUCUCAUAUGCAUCUGGUUUGAAAAUGGUGUUCUUGAAACGUCAAAAACGGCCAUUUACAGUUCGAUUAUAAACUUAAUGGUCCUUCAAGCAGAGGAGAAAUAUAGUGAGAAUCAACAAUUCUUGAAAAUGAUAGCCAUAGUAAAUACUUCUACCUGUGAAUUAUCAUCUUGUUUAAAUUCAUUUCCAAAAUUAGUCCGUUAUAGCAGUCUUUUUUUAUCAGUUUCGAAGUUUGCCUUUGAUAUGUUGUUUCGAAGGAAAUGUGGAUCUUUGCUUGUUUACAAGCUGGCCGAAAUAGCGCAGUAUGGACUUACGGAAGAAGAGGUAUACCUUUGCCUGCAACUUGUAAUUCUGAGUCAGAAGACUGUGUUUCAAGAUUCUAAAAUAAGCAACAUAAGGUCCUUGUCGUUCAAUCAUAAAACGUUCCAAGACUAUUUUGCUGCUAUGUAUCUUUCAAUAAAUGGUGCAGACAUUAAUGUCAUUAAUGAAGUUUGUGAUUUCUGUGAUACGAUCCACCAGUUUUACGAAAUGUUGAGCAUUUUGAUGUUUUUAGGCGAAAUGAAUCAAGAAGUAGUUUACAAGAUAUUAGCUAACACCUCAGUAAUUAGCAUGUUUGAAGUCGAAGUAAAUAACCAAAGUCUUACUUCAAAAUCAAAACAUAUUAACUGGAAUGUGAUGGAACUUUUCAUGCGAGCAAAUUUCCAUUCGAUCGUUAUCCGUUCCAUGGAUUUUGAAACCAAUACCUUAAAACUCUUAGAUCAAAUGCACGGUCUUGACAUCUUAGAAUUGCACGGUGUAAGAAUGACGCAUAAAGCCCUGAAAGAACUAUUACACAGUGUACCAAAAUCAGAGAAUGGCAUCAUUUUUAAAAUCACAUGCCUUACUUGGAAUGAUGAUGUUGAAGCCGUAAGUUAUUUUCCGAUGAAAAUAACAUUACAAAACCUACGUAAAAUAGACAUAACCGGUACAGAUAUCAGCAAAAUAUAUUUUAUAAUUGGAAACGGAAAUCACAGUCUUCAUUCUGUAGAACUAUAUAUGGAUACAAUGACAGAUGUUGGUUUAUGCAGACUAAUAAAUAGCAUUAAACCAAGGAGAAAAAAAUUUGAAUUAAUUGUUGAUAACACAACACUUCAAAAAUCUGUUGACGUAUCCCAUGAUUUUGACCGUCGACUUGUGGAAAUAGUAAUAAGUGAUAAAAGCUCUCGACCUGACUGCGAACGAUUAGGCUUUCUCAAAAUAAUUACAACAAAUGAUCCAGUUAUCAUUAAAGAGCUGACGUUAAAAAACACUGACUUAAGUGAUAUUUGUAUAACAUUUCCUGUGUCUCAAACAGGAAUUGAAUUGUUAGAAAUAUCAAAUAUAAAAAUCAGAGUAACAACCUUGAUGUCAAUAUCUGAUGCUACUUCAAAUCAAAAUGUCAGACUGAUCGUAAAUGAUAUUGAUCUGAUUGAUGAAAGAUGUGAUGGCUCAAUGGUAGAUGCCGAAAUACUAGAAUAUGUCAAAUUAUGGUGUUUAUUUAAUCUUACCUCGUUCUACUCAGAAAUUACUAUGCAAAAUGAUAUUGUUGCGCUGCAACAACAUUGUCAACAUAUUGUUUUGACUAUUAGCAAUUUACCUCAAAAUAGAUUAUCUGAAUUGUCAAAGAACUUGCCUUUGACAGGCCAGGUAAAUAAUUUGCUCGGAAAGCAAAUAAAUUUACGACCGCUGAAAUUGUCUGUUACAAUCAGCAAUGUCGAUGCAUCAGGCGUAUGGCUUUGUCAAAUGUUGGCUGCCAUAAAUGACACAUUUGGAUAUAUACAUGAACUUCAUUUGGAUAAUUCAAUUGUUGACAGAAGUAUAGAUUGCAAUGAAUGGCAAGAAACAAAUGAACACCGUGCUUUAAACCCUAAAGUAUUGAAAUAUAUUAAGACUUCGUGUGACAAUCUUCGAUCGGAUGAAAGAUAUUCUCUUCUUGCUGAAAAGUCAAGGAAGAUAAUCGGGCCGAUUAUAUCUAGUGAGCAUUUACGUUAUAUAACAAGAUGUGUGAAUAUUCUUUUAGGAACUAGACUUUCUGAAAGACUUCUCACUAUACUUAUUGGUCAAACAUCUUGUUUAAGGGCUACUUCAAGAAGCACCUUCAUUGAAAUGGAAUUUAGUACGUUGGCACAAAAAAUGGAAUCAACAUUUUCAGUCUUGUACCGAGACCUAAAAGCAAUAGAUUUACAAACAUUGUCAAAACUGAAAGAAAAAACUGGGUACUUGUUACAACAACUGAAAAUGAUAGAUUCACGCGAGUUAUCGAAACUCAAAGCAAAUUUAUCUGGAUUAAUGCCAAAACUGAAAAAACUCAAACUGGAAAAAGUUAAGUGCAUAUUGCCACUCCAGACACAAAUAGAAUCAUAUACGUUGUCAGAAUUGAAAACAAAAGUUUCCAGCUUAUGGCGAAUACUGACAACAAUAGAAUCAAACACUUCGGUAGAAAUUCAAUCAACAAUUUCGAACUUGUUGCGAGAACUAAGAACAAUACAUUCGCACCCUUUGUCAGAACUGGAAGAAGUUUUGGACUUGUUGCUAAAAAUAAAAAUAGAAGCAAGCACGAGUUCAAAGCUUGAAGCAAAAGUUUCGGACUUUGCGGGCGAAAAGAGGGAAUUAAAGUCACACAUGUUCUCAGAACAGCCAGAAAAACUAUCAGACUUGUUGGAAGAACUCCAAACUGUAUUGAACUACUUCAAAACAGUUAGAAAGUUGUCACAAAAGGAUUGUGCCUAAUUAUAAUUAUAAUUCAAUUAAUUAUAAUUAAUUAACAAAUCUGUAAUUAAUUAAUAAAUGGAUCAAAAUUGACCAAUUAUUGUCAAUUACAUGUAAAUCUAAUUAUUCUUAAUUAUUUUGCUUCAUCUAUUAGUGCUGAGGUGAAAUUUCAUACUGUAAAGUAGUCAUAGUUUAUACCUAUUGUGCUGUAAAUAACAAGGUGUCAACACCUUUUGUAUUCUGUCAUCACUUAAAUACAUUUAAGGUGCAUUUCCGGUCUGUAAUAACUUUAAUUGUGGUUGCCACACUUUAGAAGGUAUUGAAUUGAUGAAAAUAAUGUAUAUGACAGUUAUUGGCUCUGGCCUUUUGUUCAAUCUAUUGAAAAAAAUAGCAAGGAAACAAAAAUGUGUCCAGUACUGUUUACCAAUAUAAAAUUAUUUUGUAUACAUGAAGAGUGAUUUCUGAGUGAAUACAGUAGAGUCAUUUCAUAUAUGCAAGCCAGCUGGUAGGAAACACAUUACUAGUCUGGUUUGCUUAGGCACCCCACAAACUUGGCUGCAUUGAAAUAUUUUAUUUUGCCGAAAGAUACUAGUAGAAAUUUAAAGGCAGGAUUUGAUGAAGAUUAAUUAUAAUUAAUUACUUGUCCUGAAUAAUUGUAAUUAAUUUAUUGUUUGUCCCCAAAACCAAGUAAUUAAUAGUAAUUUUUUAAAUGAGAAGAUUGCCAAAAUAGUUGUAAUUAAUUAAUUAUUUUAUAAAAUAAUUAGGCACAACCCUGUGUCACAAUAACUAAAAUGUUCGGACAUAUACCUAUUACUUAAAAAUAGUCUGGCAAAGAUGUGUAAAAACUGAAAACAACAGAAACAGUUGUGUACUUGUUGCGAUAACGGAAAAGAAUAGAAUCACUUACGUUGUCAGAACUAGAAACAAUCUUCCCUUGUGUCCUGCUUCAUAUAUCGGCAUACGUGUAAACAAUUAUAUUGCAAAUCUCAAACAAUGAUGUCAAUAAGAUAAAUUUAAGACAUCGUAUGAUUUUACUUACAUUUUCAGUUACUAUUUUGAAAAUAUUCAUAUACUCUUUGCCUGAUCUAGAAAGUAUCUAUGACAUUGACAAAAAAAUAGAAAAGGAAGUCAAAUGACGUAAUGACUACAUAACAAAAAUUUGUAAAUGUUCAUUUUAUUCAUCCUCGCAAAAGUGUCUUGAGAGAAACAACUCUCCUUUCAAUAUCGUUUGACAUUUAAGAGUUAAAAUUGCGGAAGUUCAUGUCUGAGUAAUUGUAUCACAUAUCACUUUUAAAAUGCAGAUGAUAACAAAUAUUUUAGACAAGUUCACUUUCCCAUAAAUGUUGCAAGGUAUCUGUAAAUUUGCUUUUUUCGAUUCAGAUAUCAAAAUAUAAAACGAUGUUGUUGCAUAAAUCUACCCUUCCUGCAGUUUUGAUACAUUACCAACAACAUAUUUUUCUUAGUGUAUUUCAUUCCGUAAUUUGAUAGAUAUUGGCAAGAUAACUGCAUAUAGGUGUUGUGUUGGAAUGUUUGUUAAGAGCAUAUUUUAAAGAUAUGAUCAGCAAAUGCAUGAUAUGUUCACACAUACAUUAAUUUGUUAUUAGAAGUGGUAGUGGCAACGGUAAACAUCAUACAUUGUAAUACUCUGUAUUUUAGUGGUCAACUUCUAAAUCUUAAAACAUGCAUAUUUAGAUGUUUAAAGCAGAAGUAUUUGUAUUGUUACACUAUAAAGGAAUAUGGUUUGUGACAAAUGUCAUUUUAACAGUUAAGCUAUACAAACCUGCAUAAUUAUUUAAUCAUGAUGAUCGCAUAUUCUGAUGUACAAUUCUUUAUUUUGUAUUAUCAUAAACUCCCUCACUUAUGUGUUGAAACUUUUACAUGUCAUUGACUAGAAAAUAAAUUAGGGCUGUGCCGAGAAUACUUAUCAUUAUAUAUUGUUUUACAGUUAUGUCAGAUUUCCAUCAUUAUAAUAUUAUAUAAAUAACUGACUUAAAAUAACGGUUUUUGAAUUGACUUAAGUAUGAUAACACGAGUUUUGUCUGCUGUACACAGAAUUUACUGAAUUGUGACACAUGUCUAUUGUACUAUACAUUUUUGGAAUAUGAAAUGUUUACUGAAAAAAAUAUUGAAAUUGAUUGAAUUCUGACACACGUAUUGUCUGUUGUACGGUUUAUCUUUUUAAGUAUGAAAUAUUUACUGUAAAAAGUGUUGUCUUCUGCACAAUAAAUUGACUGCAUCGUGAAACCACAAUUAUUGCGUCUUUUUGAAUAAAUAAAUGAAUUGAGAAAAA